UUGUACAAAAUAAAGAGUCAACAAAUUUACAUUGAUACACCUACUAAUAUUGUGCGGGCAAGAAAUAUAGAACCACUCUUGUCUAUGUUCUACGCGGGUCUGUACCGACUGUACACUGUUUGCCCGACAGACCCUAUUAAAAAAUAUCAACCAAAUGACACGUUAAAACCAUUUAAAAUUCCAUUGUUAAGUCUAUUUUUUCAUCAAGUACAAAAAACUGUUUACUGUCACAAAGGUGGAAUUGACACUUGGGUUGCUGAUUCAGUAACGGCAUAAACAGUAAUUGUUUUUAAACAUUUAGAAUUAAUUGUACACUUAUAUUCUGUAUAAUAAUAUUUAACUAUUAUAAUUCCCACUGUAUGUGUAAUUUCCUUUUUUGCUUCAUACGAGUACCGACCAUGGAUAGCGCUCCAGUUUCAGAUGUCGUUUGUAUUGACGAUAUGGGCAAAGCCAGAGUCAUGGAUCCAUUAUUAGCUGACAAAGUAUCCGGUCUUAAGGAACAGUGCGAUGAUUUUAUGAGAGACAUGGACAACUAUAGCGGUUCCGUCGAUGGAUUCAUUGCAGUCAUGGAAAAUUUGGCUAAACAAGUGGAACAGGAAAAACGAGAAGCCAUCAUAGCGUCCAACCAGUUAGCAUCGUUAACCAAUAAAACUGAAGAAAGACAAGCAAUGUUACAGACCGAGAUUGAGCAGAAGACGUUGGAAUUGGAGCGAUAUAAAACAGAGCACAGGUCGCUGCAAAAAAUAGAAUCUGAACAACAAGACUUGAUAAAUCAUUUAUCGUUUCAAUAUUAAAUUUAAAAAAAUAGAUAAUAUUUAUACAGUACACAAAUGUUUGUUAUGAAUGACAUAUCACUAUAAAACACUGUUUAAUACCAUCAAAAUAAUGAUGGUAAACGCAAAUUCAGUGGUAUAUAUUUAAUUUGCAAAUAAUAAAUUUACAAAAAAAAAUUAUGCGCUAAAUAAUAUAUUUUCAAUCAAAUUUCGAUUUUCAUUAACAACUUUAGAAGUAAAUCAUAAUAAUAGUAA